AUGAUCAUUCUUAUGUAUUCCAAAACAUUCCAAAAUUUUAAUCCAUAUUACAUCCAUUCACUCCAAGAGUUUUAUGGAACACUGAGACAAACCAAACACAGCAAGUUUGUCAGAGAUUUAAUUCGUGAAGUAACUGGUCAUGCACCAUACGAAAAGCGUGCUAUGGAAUUGUUGAAGGUUUCCAAGGAUAAGCGUGCAUUGAAAUUCUUGAAGAGGAGGUUGGGCACACACAUCAGAGCUAAGAGGAAACGUGAAGAACUUGGAAACAUCCUUGUCCAGAUGAGGAAAGCAGCUGCUCAUCAUUAAGUAAUGGAUAAUUAAAUUUUUAUAAUAUUACAUAUUAAUAAAAAUAUAUGUACAACAUA